AUGGCCGACACUACAGAAGCAGCUCCUGCAAUCAAUAAGAACAAGAGGCAUAGAAAGGAGAAGCCAUGGGAUACAGAUGACAUCGACCAGUGGGCGAUACAACCGUUCCAAGUGGAGGAUAAUAAAAGCGGUACAUUCACUGAAGAAUCUUCGUUUGCGACCCUAUUCCCUAAGUACAGGGAAAGGUAUCUGCGGGAAGUCUGGAGCGCGGUUACGCAAGCCCUAGAGCCGCAUGGAAUCGCUUGUACACUGGACCUGAUUCAUGGCUCUAUGUCUGUACGAACCACGAGGAAAACAUACGACCCAUACGUCAUAUUGAAAGCUCGCGACAUGAUUAAGCUCCUGGCCCGUGGAGUUGCAAUAGGACAGGCGGUGAAGAUUUUGGAUGACACCGUUGCAUGCGAUAUCAUCAAGAUUGGGAACAUCGUGCGCAACAAGGAGAGAUUUGUCAAGCGGAGACAGAGGAUCAUUGGCCCAGAUGGAAGUACGCUGAAGGCCAUUGAACUGCUUACACAAUGCUACGUCCUUGUGCAAGGGAGCACUGUCAGUGUCAUGGGUCCCUACAAAGGGUUGAAGGAAGUCCGGAGAAUUAUCCUGGAUUGUAUGAAGAACAUACACCCCAUCUAUAGAAUCAAAGAACUUAUGAUCAAACGCGAGCUUGCUAAAGACCCCCAGCUGGUCAAUGAAUCCUGGGAUAGAUUCCUGCCUAAGUUCCGCAGACAUCAUCUUAAAACGUCCGAGAAGACGGCACGCAAGAAUGAGCGGACACAAGAGAAGAACGGGGCACGAAAGGCUGCAGGGUUAGAGCCUACGGGGUCAGAGAAGGAUCAACCGGCGAAGAAGGUGUACACUCCCUUCCCGCCUCCACAAAUGCCCCGAAAGGUCGACUUGCAACUCGAGUCUGGAGAGUAUUUUCUCAAAGCACACGAGAAACAGGAUAGGGAGGCGCGAAAGAGAAAACAGAAGCAAGAGCAGGUCACCGAGGAGCGGCGUGCAAAACGCGCCGAAGCAUUCGUUGCGCCCGUUGAGGAGGUUGUGCCCACCGUCGAGGAAAAGCGGAAGCGAAGACGAGAGAAAGAAACCGAGGAUUUGGAGGAGGAGACUGGGAAACACAAAAAGGCGAAGAGGAAGAAACGCCUGCACUCAGAGGGCAAUAGCGAGUAGACAUUGUGGGCUCUACGAGCUGUAUUUCCUUGCAUAUUGCCCUUUGGAUUACCACCUUAGCGUGAUAGU